AUGGACGAGAUUCGUUAUAUCAAAACGGUCUACCGCAAGAGAGGAAGUGGAUCAGGUCACAUGUAUAGCUUGAUGCGGUUCCUCGACAACACUGGAGACAAAUAUGUCUGGAGAGUCUCCAGGAACGACGAAGUUCUAAUGAUUUCGGAACGCCUGGGAGAGGAUAUGCAUAUGACUAGGCAGGAAUACGAUAUGAAGCGUGCUGUGGAGGCGUCAGGGCUGUCCGAACAUUUUGAUGCUCUGUUUUCUGCGACUGCGACGGACCCUAUUUCUAUUCCUUAUGUUAACCCGGAGAAACACCUUGAACACAAAGACUACUAUCAGCACACAAUCACAAACACAGACACAAGCACCAUCACAAACACAAACACAUCUACUUUCAACACCAAAGAAUUCAGUAUGGGUAACAAGGAGCACGUCGUUGUCGUCAUGACUCGUAAGAGCAACGAGUCUUCGUCCAACGACGGAGAGAUCAAGAAGCUUGACAAGUCAUAUGAGAAGAAGGGUGUUGUGAUCGCAAUCACACCUACGCAACUCCAGCUGGUCUUCAAGAAUGGCCCGAACAAGGCAGUUGAGGCGGAGGCCGCCCCGAACCUGUACAAGCGGAUGCACGACAAGAAGCUCAUAGGAGCUUGGAAGUUUGUAUACAAGUUGUAG